AGAAGAUUCUGUGCGUGGGGCUGGUGUGUCUCGACAUCAUCAACGUGGUGAACAAAUACCCUGAAGAAGAUACUGACAGCAGGUUAGCAUCCAGGCUAACUGUGACAGCAGGUCAGCCUGCAGGCUAAAGCUGACAGCAGAUGUCUGUCGCAGCGUUGGCAGCGGGGAGGAAAUGCUUCAAACUCAUGCACAGUGUUGUCGCUGCUCGGAGCGCCCUGCGCCUUCAUGGGCUCCCUGUCAGCUGGUCCUGUGGCCAAUUUUAUUUUGGAAGAUUUUCAGAAGUACUGCAUCGAUGUAUCUCUGCUGUCUGAGCACCCUCAGUGCUUCCUUCCAGCCUCCAUGGUCAUCAGCAACAUAAGCACAGGAAGUCGCACCAUCCUGCACAUGAACAGUUUCAUCAUGGCUGACUUCUCGCAGCGGGCCAUCGACGUGUCAGCGGUGGUUUUGCAGGUCGAAGGUCAAACUCCAUGUGCUUGUUGUGUGGUUUGUCCAUCCACUGGAACUCGAACCGUCGUUCUCUCCGAUACGAACCUUCCAGAUGUCACAGCAGAGGAUUUUUCAAAAGUUGACCUUCAUCAGUUCAAGUGGAUCCACUGGGAGGGCCGAAACGCAGAGGAGCAGGUGAAGAUGAUCCAGCAGGUAGAGCAAUAUAACAGCAUGUUGCCACAGCAACAGAAGAUCACCAUUUCCGUGGAGAUAGAGAAGACCAGAAAGCCGCUGUACCAGCUGUUUCCUCAUGGCGAUGUGGUGUUUGUCAGUAAGGACGUUGCUCGUGAUUUUGGGUUUGAGUCAGCUGAAGCUGCCCUGAAAGGACUUUACAGUCGAGUCAAACAGGGGGCCGUCCUGAUCUGUGCCUGGGCAGAAAAAGGAGCUGAUGCUUUGGGUCCUGAUGGUGUGAUCAUUCAUUCUGAUGCAUUUCCUCCUGAAAGUCUCGUUGACACGCUUGGAGCUGGGGACACCUUCAACGCCGCUGUCAUCUACACACUGUCCAAGGGUGGGAGCUUGCAAGACGCCCUAACCUUUGGCUGCAGGGUCGCUGGCAGGAAGUGUGGUUUCCAUGGUUAUGACAGCAUCAGCAAAGUCUUCGAUGACAUGCAACCACAAAGUUUGUUUUAGGGAAACCCAGUCCACAAAAGCACAUGACCACAUGAAAAACAAUGUGUAAACAUGAACAUGUGUUAACGUGAAAGUGUUUGAAGCCACGACUGAAAUUUUAUCUAAUUUUCAGUUUAAGGAAAAUCAUCAGUGUUAUAAGGGAUCUGCAUAAUUACAAUCAGUAACUGACAUUUAACAUCCAUUAGUUCAUUCAUUCACAGAUCAAUAACUGGAUUAUUGUUCAAUAAAUUAUUAACUGACUUGACAGAAGCAAAAGUUUCUUUGGAGUGUUUUUUACUUGGUGGAAUUAAAUUUCACUGAUCAAUGAUCGGGUUGAUUGUUUUUAGUGUCCUGAUAGUUUGUUUUUCAUUAAAAAAAAUCACCACUCGAUGCUCAGA